ACCUACAAAAUGGUGUAUUUGGGGUUUCUUAAUUUCUCUCUUACUUUCUUUUUCUUAAUCGCGCUCUCUCUCUCUUCUUUCUUAUAUUUCCUUUUAACUUCUUUCCUUAAUUUUCUUCUUCCUUUCCUCUCUGUGUGUUGGAAGACUCAAGAUUUUUAGAUAAACUGCAGCCAUUAGCCCCGGUGCAACCAGAAAAGGAAAUACUAAGAAAAGGAGUGAGUGCUCUCAAUUCAAUGCAGGGAGGGAGGGGCUUCCUUCUUGCAGUCGACUCUGCGGAAGGGCGUCCCUCCGAAGUUAGUUUUAGUUUUCUGUGAGCUCUUUCCUGACUUCUUGAGCAAAGUAUUUAAGAAAAAGAGACCGUGCAUUGGCCGGGAAUCGAACCCGGGCCUCCCGCGUGGCAGGCGAGAAUUCUACCACUGAACCACCAAUGCUUGGCUGUAGAAACAGUCUUUGCUAGUUGGAUUUAGUUUCAGCGAGUCUAGUGCACGUACCAUUGCUGUUUCUGAAAUUCCCCAUCUGGGGCUCUGAAUACAACACUUUUUGGAUCUGAACUGCAGUGGCUAGGGAGAAAUGCGUGCCUUCUCUUCAGUGAUGUGCGCCUGCAGGCUUUUUCUUCCUCCUACGGGACGGAAACCUAAGCAUCCCUGAGUGUCCUAAACCGCCCACCGAGACCUCCAGGAAGCAGAGGUGGCCGGAAAUCUCAUCACAGUCGUGGGGACCCUGCAGGCUGUAAGGACAGAUGGGCAUCCUGCUCUUCAUUUGGCCCACGGAGUCGCCUUAGAGAGCUGGGCACGUUAGGCGACAGCUCCAGAAGUUGUUUCUUAACUUUAGACGCUACUCCAAUUCAAUUUGUUCACCAACCUCAUCUCGGGCGGGACCUAAUGCUUUGUGUAUUCGCAUCAGCCAUUGAUGGACUAGAGACCCAAUUGUCUGCUCGGACGCUCCAUUCCUCCGUGUGAAAAGGGGUGAGACCGCCCUUAAGAGACCGGCACCUUUUCGGAGCUCGACCUCUUCCAUGGCCCGCAACCAAGAGCAGGUGGCUUGGCGGCAGCCUUAACCUCAUACUAGCCCCUCAUACGCUGACCUCGGCAUUCUGGCAGCUCCCACGCUGGGAUUAAAGUCUCCACACCCACACUGCGACCUUGGGCUCUGGUUUAUCUUCCCUUUCAUCCUUUGUGGUACAAAGAUGCCAAAGAUCAGCAGUGCCUGGCUCAGGCAGAAGAGCCUUUGGAAGGCCAGGGUGGAUGAAAGCAAGAGGACCCCUCUAUUCGUCAAUCAGGUGCCAGCCAAGAGCCGAAGAACUUGUACAGGGGUCAAGAAUACCCACAACACUCACAAGACCUUCAGGAACAGUCAUCUCCCCCUGGGGCAGAUAAAGUCAGACCAGACGGAGGAGCUAGAUUCCAUCCGGAGGGAGCUGAGCAAGAUCAAAGCCCGGGUGGACAGCCUGUUGGAGAGUCUGGAGUCCAUGGAGCAGCAGAGGGACCAGCGCGUGAGUCAGGUGAAGAAUCUCGCAUCAGACCAGAAUAGCCAGUAGGAGGUGGGGAACCUUCCAGACUUUCUUCACUGGUACUCUUGGGUGGCUUGUUUUCUUGCCUUGUAUUUUUGGAAGGCCCCCUAGUCACUCCCAUGCGACUUGAAGUCACCUUUCUGGAGCUUGGGUAUUGAAAGUCUGAAGCACGGUACAGCCAGCCCACCCAGAAAACCUCCCCCUCCCGGUAGUCGUGGGUUUAACUCUCUUUUUCCAUGAGUCUUGCUGUGGGCAGGGUAGGGAAGCCACACAGACCAGCAGUGCCUAUUUUCAUUCAACUGUGGUGGUCUUGCAGGAGGCACACGACAGGGCCCUGAGCCCAAAAGGCACUAUUAGCUCUCAUGGAAUGAAAACUGUCUCUUCCCCACACAACACUAAACCUGAUGGUGUGCGCCCACCUAAGCAACCUCUUUUGGUUAAACCCACCAUGUGCUCUAUGAAGCCAUAAGCUAUCCUUCAGAAUAAAGGAGCAUUUAUGUCUCUAUCUUGAGUCUCACUAGUAAGUAUAACACUAAUUUUGGAUUUGUUCUACAGUCAUGUCAGAAGGGGGAAAAAAUAAAAUAUGUAUUUCUUCUUCU